UCAGACUCUGUCUGCCAGGCAAACUAGUUGAGGAUGGACGCGAAACGGCCACCUAUAAUGCUGAGAAAGGCACAUUUACAGUCGUGCUUCCUAAAGAGACUCCGGGAGAAUGUUUUGAUGGCCUUGAUAUGCUGACAAAACUUCUGGCUCCAAAAGGUUCCACUUCAGCCAAACUCCCAACAAUCCAGAUUCUUGAAACUGGUUCGAAUGGCGUUGGUGAAGUCGUGGUUGAUGCUGAUGAUGAUGUUGACUGGUAUAUAGAUCAGAAACCUGUCAAAGAUGACGUCCUUUCUCCGACUGCGCCCAAGUACGGUUUCGGUAAUCUCAGGUCAGGAGUCUUUACCACACUGCAGGCUGAGUUUUGCGAGCUGAUCGAUUUGAAGAAUCCCGAUUCUGUACCUGUCGAAGACCGAUCACUUCAGCGCAGAAAAGAUGAAGAUGAAAAAUUCGACGACGACUACUAUUUAGCCGACUUGUAUCAAAAUGACGUCAUUCCUGGCAUCUUGCAGUACAAAGCGCCAUGGCAAGAACCAUGGGAAAGACUAAAACAAGGGAAACAAAAAGAAGAUGUCGUGAAAUUUACAGAAUCUGAAAAGGAGAAAAUGAAGAAUCUCCCCAACAAAGAAUAUCUGAUUGAGAAAGGUGAUCUGCAGCCGGUUUACCUUGGUCUGGUAGACAUUGUGUUUGCUUACGCCUACAACCACAGAGUAACAGAGGGAGAAAAUAAUGUGGAAUCGGGCUGGACAAUUUGCAAACUCUGUGCAACACUGUCUUGGCUUGAGGUCUUCUGUUCAGUUAAAGAUGUUAUUGUCACAUGUUUUCGGAGAAGUCUCAGCUAUCCUCUUUUUCGUAACUGGGAGCUCGCUAACAAAGUUUUGGAGGACACUGCUUGCAUAUUCUCUCUGGGAAGACGUCAACUGCUGAAGUGUUUGCUGGAGAUCCAGACCAUUUUGAUGGACACCGAUCAGCGCUACAUUCUAAACGACCUCUACAUCACAGACUACUGCGUCUGGAUUCAGGCUGCUAGUGAAAAGAAAUUGGAAUCAUUAGCAAGGGCAUUAGAAGAGAUUAAAAUAGAAAAGAGAGAGUUAGGAUUUUCUCUUGAUGAACUUGAAACUGCUGCCCAAAUAGCUAUUGAAGAGGAUCAAAUUCAGCAUUUAGCAACCACUGUAACAAGUCUUUCUAUUGGUUCUGGCGUUAAUGAGAUUCAGAAAUUAACAUCCACUGUAUCAAAUCUUGUGAUUGGUUCUGGUGAUAAUGUGAGAGACAGUGAUGAUGAUAGCUCAGACACACAAAGUGUUGAUGAUGACAGUGAGGAAAGCACUGGGGCCGAUGAUGAAUUUUCAGAAAGUGAUGAAAAAAGUGCAGAGUUGGAUGAUAAACAUUCAAAACCUGAUAAUAAAGCUGCAGAGUUCAGUGAUGAACAAUCAAAACAUGAUGAUGAUAAAAACAAAGAGAUUGGUAGUUUCAUUUCAGAAAAUGAUGAUAAAACUACACAGUUGGAUAGUGAACCUUCAAAAACUGAUAAUAAUAAUAAAAUCAAAGAGAUUGAUAGUUCAGUUUCAGAAAAUGAUGAUAAAACUACUGAGUUGGAUAGCGAGUGUUUGAAAACUGAUAAAAGCAGAGAUAUUGAAGGUGAAUUUUCAAAGAGUGUUUGUAAAAGAACACCGAUCGAUGGCAAACAUUCAGACAUGGGUAAUAAGAAUCAAGAGCAAGAUGGUAAAGGCUUAGAAGCUGAUGAUCAGUUAGCAGAAACAGGUGACAAUAAAACAGAUGGAAUUAAAGAAAUGAAUAAGGAUGAAACUGCUGUGAACAUUCAUGAUGAUGAAGACAACAAAACUGAAAAGUGCUUUUGUGAACCGACAACUGUGCAUACAAGUUUGUCUACUGACGCCGAUUUGAACAGCGGUGAACAGCGUGCAGCAACAGCACCUGAAGAUCCGAGACUUGAAAAUGGUUGAUCCUGAAGGAGCCAGUUGUAUUUUACAAUUUUAAUAUACAUUUACCACCACUAGCAUGUGUUUCCAUCGUUUUACCUAAUUGAUACCAUUUGUUAUUGGUUUAUCUAUUAAAGAAUACCAUAAAUGAU